UUGCAGUAUUUACUCCAAAUUUCCCCUUCCUGCAUACUUCUUCGGAUUUUUCCACACAAUUAAUACAUUUCCUGGCCUCAAUUUACAAUCUCCUUCUACCCAAUACUUCAAUUCAAUCCCAUCACUCUUUUUUCUCUCUCCUUCAACCCAAUGGCUUCAAUUUAUACACUCCCCUUCUACCCAAUAUUUAAAAUUCAGGCAUGGCUGUUGCACACAGUCACAGUCACACACACUUGGUUUUAAAUUCCAUUGCUACAAAACGAUUUAAUUAAACAAAAAGAAAAAUGGGGCUUAUUACUAGGUGUUAUUAAAUUUUGUUGGUGAGGGGUUGGAAAUUUAAAAAAGGGGGUUUAGCUUUAAAUUUCUCUUGCGCUGUGUUGCUCCGAGAGUCUUAAAACACCGACUCUCCUCCCUUAAGGCAAUGAAUGAAGAAAGGCCCUCCUUCUGCACUUUGUAAUUGCGAUAUUUACUCCAAAUUUCCCCUUCCUGCAUACUUCUUGGGAUUUUUCCAAACAAUUAAUACAUUUCCUGGCCUCAAUUUACACUCUCCUUCUACCCAAUACUUCAAUUCAAUUCAAUCCCUUUCUCUCUCCUCUCUUUCUCUCUCUACACCCUACCCCCCUCCACCUCUCUCUCACAAUUAAAUUAAGCCUUAAAUCACUCCCUUCGUUUUCCUUAUAUAAAAUGGCCCUGAACCUCCACCAAUUCUCGCAACAACAACAACAAAGAUCACCAACACUUUGCUGGUGCCACUCUUUCUGACUUCUCUUCCAAAAACACUUCCUCCACCAACCUUAAAAAAACAGAGGAAAGCCAUGAGUCGCAGAAACGAAAGUGGUCCAAAGCUUGACUUGAAGCUGAACCUGUCCCCACCGAGGGCUGAUCGGAGACUGGAGUCACCGACACGAUCGGCGACGGCGUCGCCGACGUCACCGCCGAGCUCGUGCGUGUCGUCGGAGCUGAACCAAGAGGACAAAAGUUACUCUAACAGCCCUGAAGCCACUUCCAUGGUUCUUGUGGGUUGCCCUCGCUGCCUCAUGUAUGUGAUGCUCUCUGAGGAUGAUCCAAAGUGCCCCAAAUGCAAAAGCACCGUUUUGCUUGAUUUUCUCCAUGACACCAAAAACCCCACCAUAAGGAGGAGUUAGACUGAUAGAGUUAUGAUCCUCUGUUUCUAGCUCUGUUUUCCUCUGUUCCUAGCUCCGUUUUCAUCUAUUCCUAAUAGUAGGACAUAUUAUAUUAGCUUGUAAUGCUUAGGAAUUAAUCUCCUUUUACUUUUUUUUACUGUUUUAACUAUUCCCCCCUUUUAUGAGUAGUGCUAUGUGCGCUCCACUUUUACCCUCUUUCCCAACAAUUUUGUCAAAGCAGGGGAUGCAGAGAUUGCAGAGACAGAAAGAGACAGAGUGGAGCGUGAAUAGCACUAUUUUCAAUCACCCAUAGAAAGAAAGUUACUGAGAAAUUCGGGAAUGUUAGGUAUCUAUUAUAUAGGAGCUGGGCGCUCUUUAGCGGUUAAAAAAAGUGUAAUAGGGGCUUAUAAUCUCAGGUGCCCUCUUAGUUUGCUUGUUGAAAUUUAAGGUGAAAUCAUCAAACCUUAGUUUCCCUUGACUCUCUUUUCUCUACAUCAAUGAUGUUAUGUUAAUGUUACUGUUUCAUUCUCUACA